GGCGGGGUGGCCGGGCCUGGGAGUGCGGGGCUGAAAUUGACAGUCACCCCUGGCAGGAGAGCGAGUCUCCCUCAGGCCCGGCCCCACAAGAGCAGGUUUCCGUGGCGUCUGAACUCUGAUCUCAGGAACCGGAAGCCCCAGGUGUGAGUAGCAUGGUCACGUGCAGGAGCGAUGAGCGGCUCCGGCAACCUCAUGGACUUUCUCGAUGAGCCCUUCCCCGACGUGGGGACGUACGAGGACUUCCACACCAUCGACUGGCUGAGGGAGAAGUCGCGGGACACCGACAGGCACAGGAAGAUAACCAGCAGAAGCAAGGAGUCCGUGUGGGAGUUCAUCAAGGGUCUGCUGGACGCCUGGUCAGGAUGGGUGGUCAUGCUGCUCAUCGGGCUGCUGGCGGGCACCUUGGCCGGCGUCAUCGACCUGGCCGUGGACUGGAUGACCGACCUGAAGGAGGGCAUCUGCCUGUCCGCCUUCUGGUACAGCCACGAACAAUGCUGCUGGACGUCCUCCGAGACCACGUUUGAGGACCGGGACAAGUGCCCGCUGUGGCAGAAGUGGUCGGAGCUGCUGGUGAACCGCUCCGAGGGUGCCAGCGCCUACAUCCUCAACUACCUGCUCUACGUGCUGUGGGCCCUGCUCUUCGCCUUCCUGGCCGUCUCCCUGGUGCGUGUGUUCGCGCCCUACGCCUGCGGCUCGGGGAUCCCCGAGAUCAAGACCAUUCUGAGCGGCUUCAUCAUCAGGGGCUACUUGGGCAAGUGGACGCUGCUGAUCAAGACCGUCACGCUGGUGCUGGUGGUGUCCUCGGGCCUGAGCCUUGGGAAGGAGGGGCCACUGGUGCACGUGGCUUGUUGCUGUGGUAACUUCUUCAGCAGCCUCUUCUCCAAGUACAGCAAGAACGAGGGCAAGAGGCGCGAGGUACUUUCAGCGGCAGCUGCUGCCGGAGUCUCUGUUGCGUUCGGCGCUCCGAUUGGCGGCGUGCUUUUCAGUCUGGAGGAGGUCAGCUACUACUUCCCCCUGAAGACCCUGUGGCGGUCCUUCUUUGCGGCGCUGGUGGCGGCCUUCACGCUGCGCUCCAUCAACCCCUUUGGGAACAGCCGCCUCGUCCUCUUCUACGUGGAGUACCACACGCCCUGGUACAUGGCCGAGCUCUUCCCCUUCAUCCUGCUGGGCGUCUUCGGGGGCCUGUGGGGGACCCUCUUCAUCCGCUGCAACAUCGCCUGGUGCAGGAGGCGCAAGACCACCAGCCUGGGCAAGUACCCGGUGCUGGAGGUCAUCGCGGUGACGGCCAUCACCGCCAUCGUCGCCUACCCCAACCCCUACACGCGCCAGAGCACGAGCGAGCUCAUCUCUGAGCUGUUCAAUGACUGCGGGGCCCUCGAGUCCUCCCAGCUCUGCGACUACAUCAACGACCCCAACAUGACCCGGCCCGUGGAUGACAUUCCCGACCGGCCGGCCGGCCGCGGGGUGUACACGGCCAUGUGGCAGCUGGCCCUGGCGCUGGUCUUCAAAAUCGUCAUCACCAUAUUCACCUUUGGCAUGAAGAUCCCAUCGGGCCUCUUCAUCCCCAGCAUGGCUGUGGGGGCCAUGGCGGGCAGGAUGGUGGGCAUCGGCGUGGAGCAGCUGGCAUACCAUCACCACGACUGGAUCAUCUUCAGGAACUGGUGCAGGCCCGGAGCAGACUGUGUCACCCCGGGACUCUACGCAAUGGUGGGAGCAGCAGCCUGCCUAGGUGGAGUGACCCGGAUGACGGUGUCCUUGGUGGUGAUCAUGUUUGAGUUGACGGGAGGUCUGGAGUACAUUGUCCCCCUGAUGGCGGCAGCCGUGACCAGCAAGUGGGUGGCCGACGCCUUCGGGAAGGAAGGCAUCUACGAGGCCCACAUCCACCUCAACGGGUACCCGUUCCUGGACGUGAAGGAUGAGUUCACGCACCGCACGCUGGCCACCGACGUGAUGCGGCCGCGGCGGGGGGAGCCGCCGCUGGCCGUGCUCACGCAGGACAGCAUGACAGUGGAGGACGUGGAGACGCUCAUCAAGGAGACCGACUACAACGGCUUCCCCGUGGUGGUGUCCCGGGACUCCGAGCGCCUAAUCGGGUUCGCCCAGAGGAGGGAGCUGAUUCUUGCCAUAAAGAAUGCCAGGCAGAGGCAGGAGGGCAUUGUGAGCAACUCCAUCAUGUACUUCACGGAGGACCCCCCCGAGCUGCCGGCCAACAGCCCGCAGCCCCUGAAGCUGCGCCGCGUCCUGAACCUCAGCCCGUUCACGGUCACGGACCACACGCCCAUGGAGACGGUGGUGGACAUCUUCCGGAAGCUGGGGCUGCGCCAGUGCCUGGUGACGCGCAGCGGGAGACUUCUUGGCAUCAUCACAAAGAAGGAUGUUCUGAGACAUAUGGCCCAGAUGGCGAACCAGGACCCUGAAUCCAUCAUGUUUAAUUAGAAACAAGAUGGCAGUUAUUUUGAGAAAAACACAACUGUGUCGUUUUAAAAGAAGUAAACAAGUGAUAUGUUAUUAUCCUAAUGAAUGAUCCAGACGCUUUGUUUGAAAGGAAGGGAAGGAAGAGGAAACCUUUGUUAAAAAAAUGCAUCCAUGAGUAGGCAUUUUAUAGCUUUGACUCCUUAUGAGUUUCAAAUCAUGUUUGUUAAUGAAUUUACUAACUGCUCUGGGGGCAUGUGGGUGGGUGGGGAUGAUGGAACACAAACGCCGAAUCAAGACAUGUUUGCCCUUCUGUUCAAGGCUGGUGUUUCCGAAGCUCUGAGUCCAAAAGGCAGAAGGACAUUGGGGUGCAGUGUCCUCAUUCAUUGGUUCCUAAAGUAUUGCUGCUAUGUCACUGAAUUGGACAAAAUAUAUUUGCACUUGCUUUGUUGGCAAAGGAAAAGAGUUUCAAUUUGAACAUAGUGAAAGCUGCGAGCAUGGGGCCACGCACGAACACCCCAUUUCUUGUGCCUGUUCUCAGUCUGGUUCGCUUAGCCAUCCAUCUCUGAAGCCACAUCAGGACCACCUGUGAGGAUGAGUGUGAAGAAAUCGUUUCUCUAUGCAAGACCAGCACCCUAGGCCAGCCCGAUGGACCAUGGGAACAUUCAGUGCUGCACUGUACUCCCUUCCAGGCAAAGGGCUUCGUCCUGAUUGUGAGAAUGUACUCACCCGGUCACUGAUUGGCAUCCCCAUUGCAUCUGCUUCAUUUAUUUAUUGCUGCUGCCUGCGCAUUCUUAAGUAUUGAUCAGUCCGGCAGUCUCUAGGGGACACAUCCUCUAUGCUGCCAGCAUGGCUAUGUGUGCUUUAAUUUCCAAACAGCCUAGACAAGAGUCAGAGCGGGCUACCCCGUGUGACUGUUUUUCUUCUCCGAUCUUAUUAAAUACGGCUGCAGAGAGGGUGAGGCAUAUGACUUCUCAGCGGGAGCUCCUCCAAAUGGAUUGCAAGAGAAAUGCUAAAUUGAUUCUAAAUGUGUUCCAUUCUCUUCUCUGUAGGAUGCAAACCGCCCGGCUUUAAUGUCUAAGCAUGCUCUCUCAUACCAGCAAUCACGGCGCAGAAGGACAGAGUUAGAGCCCAGACAGCCAAUUUGAGCGCUGGGCAUCUCUGUAAUGAGGCAAUGAUUCCCUCAGGCAGGACUCUGGCCCCGCCGGGAGCGGGAAGGGAGCUGUGUGCUUAGGUCCUCUGUGAUCAGUGUGAGUACGAGCGACCCUGCUUGCUCUUACUCUUUAACCUCGUUCUUCCCUCUCACUGAGUCACCCUCAUCCUUCUCAGUCUCAUCGUGGGCUAUUGGUGCACCAGGUGUGCAUUUGGCUGCAAAUCAUAGGAAACCCAACGAACAGCGACGAGCGGACUAGGAAACCUGGGAUUGGACACUCAGGACUCUCGUCAUAUUAUCCAGGGUCUACACGCUUUGGUGUGCUUUCUAACAUCCUUUGUCCUUUGGUUUAUUGCCUCCUAGUCACAAGAUGGUGACUGUACUGCCAGGUACCACGCCUGCUUCCUAAGCAGGAAGAGGCCAGUACCAGGUGCAAUGUUAAUAUCAAAAAAGCAAAGCCCUCCCAGAGAUGCCCAGCUUUCAUCCAUUGGCUAGGAUUCUGUCACGUGGCCCCACUGCUGCACAGGAGUCUGGGAAGGACAGUGUUUAGCAAGGCGUGAACAAUAUUUACAUUCUCUAAAUGAGGAAGGGGGGGGCUGGUUCUUGGGAGGGAAGUGUUUGCUGUGUUGGAUGCCAUCAUGUGUCCCUGUCAUUGUCCUCCUCGCCCUCUACCCUUGCUUGCGGAGCCUUUUUGAAGUCGCUCUUCUAACCUUAGCGUUCCCAUUUGUCUCUCAGAUGUGCCAGAGUACUCCCGAUCAGAACCCAUCAUUUCUUAGCCCUAAUAAAAACGUUCAUCUCGCAUAAAGACCUAGUUAAAAGUGGGUUUCCAUGAAAACUUCUAGUUGAUGUGUUUAAAAAGUUUGUCAGAUCAUGCUGCCAAACUAUGGAAAAUGUGUUUCUGUAAUGGCCCUCCAAAAUAAUAUCAGAUAGCCACUUCAGUGUGGAAAUACGCCAUCUGUAGUAGAGAAUUCAGCGUUCCUUCUCAUAAUAGAAUGACAUUUAUUGUCUCAUCCACCGCACGUAAGUAUUGAGCAACAGAGCCAAAUAUUAGUGUUAUUAUUGGGUUUCCAUGGAACAAAUGCAAGUGAAGCUGGAUUUUCCUGGACUGUAAAUUCUAGGAUUGCUUCACAUGAUUCCCCUUUUAUUCCCACGUGGCCUGCACACAGAGCAUUAGUCAUCGCCGGGAUAUAGAUAAUCCAGGAUGCCCUUUGGCUGAAAUAAGGAGCUUCAAAAGGGACCACGAAACAGUGGGAGACAGCCAAAGGCCAGUGACACCGAAGAAUUUCCUCUUCUUCCAUCCGAAGCCAUGGGAUGAGGGGCUAGCUGACUCCGGGCCAAGGACACCAAGGGGAGUUGUGUCUCCCCAAUGCUUAGCGUAGGGAUGUGUGACUUGUUCUUGACCUAAAUGGCCUAACCUUGUUUCCUUUCGUAAGUUGAACCUCCAAUGAGUUGUGGAGUGCAGGCUGUCCUCAACUGCAAGCCAGGGGCAGACAGGCAGGUGCAGGUCAAGUUUGGGGGAGUUUGUCAUGGGGACCCCCAGAGCCAGUUGCCUUCCUCCCCCAGAGCCUGAACUCCGCCCACCAGCCAACCUCCAUGGGGAGCAAGCUGCUGAGCAAGCACCAGUCACUCCCGGUUAACAAAGCACGCGUGUGGGGAUUGGGAAGGCGUUUACUGUAACCAAAUGCACAACCUUGUCACUUGCCCAGGUGAUCUGAUGAGCAAGGGGCGCAGACUGGGCUGCGGAGAUGAAUCAGCACUUCAGAGGAAUGCUUUUGUUUCUUUUUUCCAGAACCAAAGGCUUUAAACAUUUAUACAACUUACUGGAUUCUUUCAGAACCAGGUUUUUAUGUGAAUAAAUCUAAACACCAAUGGAAAAGGUGUUCUCUAACCAGGCACAUCAGCCUCUCUGUUGCUCUCCCUCUGUUACUAAGGACCUGUGCCGUAGAAGUCAGACACCAAAUAAAGUGUCCCCAAAGUGA